UGGAGUUCUUCUGAACCUGAACUCGAAUAGCCAGUCCCAGCAGUUAGUGUUCGUUAAAUACUUGCUGAGGCUGGUUGGUCUUGGGCAUGGGCGCGCCGCCGCUGCGCUCCAAUCGAAUGAUGUGGAGAGGGCUAUAUCCCCUUUGCUCAAGUUCUCCCUUAAUCUCAGUAUCCGAAAAAUUAACGGGAACUCCUCGAACCACCGCAUGGAUGUUCCGUUCUGAAGCGAGAGGAAAAGUGUGAUGGCGCACUUCUUCCUCUCGGAACAGGCGAACGAUCUUAC